AAGGAAAGAGGCAGGGAGAGAGAAGAGUAGAAAAGUAGAGAGUGAAGGGGAGAGGCAGAUCCUCGCCCCCUAGUGCUGUGCAAGCCUAGUGGUGCAUCCUUUCUGGUGACUCUGGCUAGCUCCUCCAUAUUAUGUCUGCACUCCGAAGGAAAUUUGGGGACGAUUACCAGGUAGUGACCACCUCUUCCAGUGGCUCAGGCUUCCACCAGCAGCAAGCAGCAGCAGCUGCUCCUAGAAGAAAGAGGCAGCGAUUUGUGGACAAGAAUGGUCGUUGCAAUGUGCAGCAUGGCAACUUGGGCAGCGAGACAAGCCGCUACCUGUCGGACCUGUUCACCACCCUGGUGGACCUCAAGUGGCGCUGGAACCUCUUUAUCUUCAUUCUCACUUAUACUGUGGCCUGGCUCUUCAUGGCCUCCAUGUGGUGGCUUAUCGCCUACAUGCGGGGUGAUCUGAACAGAGCCCAUGAUGAUAACUACACUCCUUGUGUGGCCAAUGUCUACAAUUUCCCCUCUGCCUUCCUGUUCUUUAUUGAAACUGAGGCCACCAUUGGCUAUGGCUACCGCUAUAUCACUGACAAGUGCCCCGAGGGUAUCAUCCUCUUCCUCUUCCAGUCCAUCCUGGGCUCUAUUGUGGAUGCCUUCCUCAUUGGCUGCAUGUUUAUCAAGAUGUCCCAGCCUAAGAAGCGGGCAGAGACACUGAUGUUCAGUGAGCAUGCUGUCAUCUCCAUGCGGGACGGCAAACUUACCCUUAUGUUCAGGGUUGGCAACCUUCGCAACAGCCACAUGGUCUCCGCGCAGAUCCGCUGCAAGCUACUUAAAUCUCGGCAGACACCUGAGGGCGAGUUCCUCCCUCUCGAUCAACUUGAACUGGAUGUAGGUUUUAGCACAGGAGCAGAUCAACUUUUUCUUGUUUCCCCACUUACAAUCUGCCAUGUGAUUGAUGCCAAAAGCCCCUUCUAUGACCUCUCUCAGCGAAGCCUGCAAACUGAACAGUUUGAGAUUGUCGUCAUCCUAGAGGGCAUUGUGGAAACAACUGGGAUGACAUGUCAAGCCCGAACUUCGUAUACCGAAGAUGAAGUUCUCUGGGGUCACCGUUUUUUCCCUGUGAUUUCCUUAGAGGAAGGAUUUUUUAAAGUAGACUAUUCCCAGUUCCAUGCAACAUUUGAAGUCCCUACUACGCCCUACAGUGUGAAAGAACAGGAAGAAAUGCUUCUUAUAUCUUCCCCUUUAAUAGGACCAGCUGUAAGUAACAGUAAAGAAAGGAAUAAUUCUGUAGAAUGUCUAGAUGGUCUAGAUGACAUUAGUACAAAGAUACCCUCAAAACUGCAGAAAAUGACUGGAAGGGAAGACUUUCCCAAAAAACUACUAAGGAUGAGUUCUACAACCUCUGAAAAGGCCUACAGCAUCGGCGAUUUACCUAUGAAACUUCAGCGAAUAAGUUCAGUUCCUGGCAACUCAGAAGAGAAACUGGUAUCUAAAACUACAAAGAUGAUGUCAGAUCCUAUGAGUCAGUCUGUGGCUGAUUUGCCACCAAAGCUUCAAAAAUUGUCCGGAGGAGGAGCUAGAAUGGAGGGAAAACUUCCACCCAAAUUGAGAAAGAUGAAUUCUGAUCGCUUUACAUAACAAGCAUAGACAUUUAGAUAUUAUUUAAAGUUUGAAUUAUUAGUCAAUCCAAUUUGAGCAGGAAAGCAAACUCUCUAAAGAGGGUAUAAUAGCUAAAAGGUGAAAGUUUCCUAAGCACUACAUGCAAACUGGGACAGCGGUGUCCUUCCCAGAUAAUGAUGUACUGUAAGUAUAAUGUUAUGAUGAAAGACCUGAAGUCCUGACUGAGGUCAUAGGAGAGCAAAUAUUAAUUGGCAUGUAGUAUCACAACAAGCAUGCAAUAAUAGUGUGCAAUUUUUGCAUAUAGUUUUCUGGCAUGAUUCUUACUAUAUUUAUAUUGUAUAUUCUGAAAAUAUGUAAAGGGAAGUGUUAUUCUCCCCUGUAUUUCUUAAGGGUAAGUAGUAGGUAAAACAUGAGUAGGAAAGUUUCAGAGCAAGUUAUAAUUUAAUUUAAAGUGUAUUUAUUUUUUCUGAUGUAGAUUGUGAUGUUUUGUUCAAACAAAGUAGUUAUGGUGCAUGUUUUCUUUCUUAAAAUAAGGCUAUCAACAUUAGUCAAUUCCAAACACCAAAUUUCUUAGCCUUAAAUUAUUUGCCAUUUUAUAAUUUGCUUUAAUAAUUUCUUUGGUUUUUUUUCCUGCCAUUACAAUGCUGGGAGAAUUUAAAGUGUACUUCAUAAGAGGUGUUGCAAAAAAUUGUACUAUUUAGGGCUGGGCAAAAUAUCUCAGAGUUUGUGUUUUAAGUACAAAAUUUAAAAUAAAAUCAUGAGAUCAUUUUGUUUCAUGACUAAUAAUAUUAAUGUAACAAAACAUUCAAAAUGGGCACAUUUGCUUGAUUUUUCUGAUGUAAGUAGUAUCAGUCUGAUAGGAAAAUGUAAAAUCGACUUAGACUUUCUGAGUGAAAUUUUGUCCCAAUUACAUCAAAGGCAAAAUACCGACUAGCUUCAAUGGGGCUGGGUUUUCACCCUCCACAUUUAGGACCCAGUCAUGCAAACUGUUACUUGUGCAUCAGUGGAACUACUGGUCUGAUUAGGGACUACUCACUUGAGUAAGAGUCUGCAGGAUCUUUUGCUUUAGUUUUCCAACCAAAUUGGAAUCUCACAAUCAGAAUUAUUUUUUCUGAUUUUUCAAAAAUUGCUAAAUCACUUACUGAAACACCAAAAAAUGUUAAUGCGCUCUUAUUGUUGACAAAGUCCAUCUAGGCAACUUUCCCCUCUCUUUUAGGGGAAUUUUUCAAAAAGCAAGAGAGAAGUGCAAGAGGUCAGUUCUUCAUAAAUGUAUUUUUAAACUUUGUUUUAUUUUUCAUUUCACUUUGUUCUAAAUUCUCUUGGCAGAGAUGAGCCAGCUUGGUAUGGCAUAGCAUAGAUACUGCCAGCCCAACCAUGAGUAGGUAGCAUUUCAGUACCGAUCCUCUGCUUGGAGUUGUCCUAGUUCUUCCACUAAAAGUUGAACUUCUAUAUAGCGUACAUCACAGCAUCUGGAAAUACUCACUCAUUCGUUGAUGCUAUAUCAUUACUCGAAGUGGUGCUUUGGCAUGGUAUCUGCAUCUGGUUUGGCGUUUCAGGAAUAGGUCUGGCUUCUGGGGAAUCUUCAGGCAGUGAGUAUUUCUAUGUUGGCUCAUCUCUAUUCUGUUCAUAAAAGGGUCAGUGAGAUUAAUUUGACCAUAAAUGUGUAGCUGGUGCACUUCUGGAAACUGUCAUUAAAUAAGACAACAGCAAAAAUAUUAGUAAUAAUUUACUAUUAAUCCUGAUCUCAAAAAGUGUGGGAUGUAAUUUUUUUGUAAUUAUCCAAAAGUACAGUAGUACCACAGUGAACAGGAAUCUUUUUACUUUCAGAACAUACAUUAUUUUGAUAACUGUGUGGUGGUAACUGAUUUCAAAGGGCUUUGGACCAUCUUAAGUGAGAGUGCACAUUUGUUGUACUGUAUAAAGAAGUAAUAAUAAUAGAAGAUCUACCAAUAUUUGGAAAAAAAUAAUUUAUUUUAUUUUGUAAUUGGUUGUAAGGAAGGAAAAAUAGGGAACCUACAUUGCUAGAAGUGUUGAUCCAAAUAUAACAAAUGAUACUCAGCACUGUUCGCCAUCUGCUAAUUGUGUACUUAUGGAUUUCACAUUUACUUACUGAGUUUUUCAGAGUUUAUAAUGAUCUGUGAUCUACAUUGCACGCUUGUUAGACUUUUGGCUAAACUGUCAGCCCUUUGCACAUUAUUUGGGGUGUGUAGUAGUGCCAUGCUGUAAAUGCCUAGUGAGCAAAACUCUCAUGCGUUAAAAGAUUAAUUCUGACAGCUUCGUUGUCCCUUUGGUGUUGAUACUUUCUGACAGGCCUUCUUACAAAAUACAUUUGACAUCUGUGCCAUUCAAGUCUGAAAAAGUCCUCUCAAAGCAAUUUUUGGCACCUCUUAUUCCAUUGUGUAAGUUUCUGCAGUGUGGAAUUUUUUUUAAAAAAAAUCCUACUCUUAAGAUAUUAACUUUUUAGCAUUUCCUUUUGGGAAACUUUGGAGAAAGUUUGUGCAAGAAUAUCAAGUAUAUUUUUAAAAAGUAAAUAAAUUAUGCUAGUGGAACCUGAAUACAAAUAGUAUGAGAAUUAGAACUGUUGAUAAAGUGCAAGUGAACCACAAAUUACUUAAGUUGUGUCUACAUGACAAAGUUUGACUGACAUGCAGCUGCAGACUUUUGAAUACACUUGGGCUUGCACACAUUUGAGUGCUUGUGUGGCGCUGUGCAUACUCACAAGUGUAAAAUGGGGUGCACCAGAGGUAGGUAUCCCAGUAUGCCCUAUGGCACCAUCUGGUGCAAUGCCUUGUGGGAUAUUUUUACUGGGCUUUGUGAAAUACCAGGGAUUUCUGGGAACUAGGGGUCAAUUUUCCACCAUGCCACUUUCUUUGUCCUGUAGUGGCUUGCCCCAAUCCCAUAAUUUUUGCGCCAUUUUAAAAAACGUCCACAGUUCUGCAAACUGCUUUCCUAUCUCUACCAUCUCUGGCAAAAGCCUGGACCCUGCAUAGCUCCGCACAAUUCUCAUGAGUGUUGCUAAUAAAGGCAAACGAUUCUCCAGUAUUUGCAGAACUUGAAUGAGUACUACUACAAUUGCUCAUGCAGUGAGGAAGAUGCAGAGAUGUUUAAGCACAAUGACUGGAUGCAGAUAGACGUAGCGGGGGGGUGGGACGGAGAGAUCCAGAGCAGCUCCACAUGGUGAAUCUGUGUGUCUGGGCCUGAGAAACUAGUACUGAUUGGUGGAAUUGCAUCGUAAUGCAGGUUUAGGAUGACGAAAAGCGGCUGCAGAAUUUUUGGAUGCAAAAAGCCAUGUUCCUGGAUCUUUGUGGCAAGCUCACUCCAGCCCUCCAGUGCAGACACACCAAAAUAAGAGCUGAAUUGACAGUGGAGAAGCAAGUGGCAAUUUGGAUUCUGGAAACUUGCAAUACCAGAUUGCUAUCAAUCACUGGCCAGUCAUGUUGCAGUUGGAAAAUCCACAGGGGGAGCCACUGUCAUCCAAAUGUGUAAGGCCAUUAAGUGUGUCCUGCUGCACAGGACUGUGACUUGGCAAUGUGCAGGAAAUAGUGGCUGGACUUUCAGCAAUGGGGUCUGCAAACAGUGGUGGGGUGACAGACAGACAGAUAUACUUUUAAGUGUGGCUGAUCCUGUGGUUUUCAUAGGUCAGUGUACAUGUAGCUAUGGCUCUCCUGGUUUUCCCCCAGUGUGGCAUGGUAGCUGUAAAGAUGUAUACCAUAUUGCCACUUGUUACAUGGGGGCGGGUGGGUAUCAGACCAUGGUGUUUUCCAAGGCCUGGAAAAGCUACUGAGUCUGAGGUCUCUGGGCAUAUAGGUCAAUAAUGCUCUGUAACAUCUAAGUUUGUUGUCCGAGCACACCUGUCAUGUUGUAAUGCAUUUCCCAGUAUGCCUUUUGGUCCUUUUCCUUCUCCUGCAGCAACCGCUUUCUCCAUUCUUGGUCUUUCUACAUUGUCACGGUCAUAUGUCUUCUCCAAGCCCUGUGUUUACAGUCUGAGUUUGUAGAGGAUUGGAAGAUCUCGCAGAAUAUAUUCUCCCUAGUCCACUUCUUUCUCUUCCUGAUCAGGAUCAAAUAUUUAGCAGAUCUGGAGGGGGCACUCUCAAGACUACCAGGUCAGAGGUUGCUGAUUAAAACAGACUGAUAUUGCAUCAGAUUUAUACCCACAAUGAAAAGGGAAUGAUAAGUCUAAAAUCUCUCAGACGUUAUUUCCUGUAAUAAGAAAUCCUGGUUGUCACUUCAGUUUUGGAGCGACUCACUACAGCACCACUCAGCAGCUCAAGCCAUGGUGAGUGGGGUGUGGGGUUCUUCUUUUGCAUAGAAGGUUUAAAUGCUAGGUGCCCCUGGGUGUGGGUAUAGGCAAAGUGCAGUGAAUAGUGGCAGUAUUUUCAUAGGCAGUGAUAACUUUGGCUGAUAUCUCGGCACAGACAGCCCUACUGCCAGUGGCAUCCCAAAACUACCUGGGCCCAUAUGCUGCACAGAUAGCCUAUUUACUGCAAUGGUGCCAGCCACAUGCAACACACAGUGUCAUGGGAAAAUCUCUCAUCAGGGGUGAAGAAAAAAGGCUAUCAUUCCUAGAAAGGUUUGGGAGAGGAUCGCAGAGGUUCUCCAUGGACAUGACUGUUCAAAUUAAUAAAGUUCUCUGCAUGACCCCGGCCCAGCCCAGCAAACCAAAGAAUAGAAAAGUGGAUACCAAUUCUACCUCUGUUUGCUCUACCUCUUGCCUGAGCACAGGGCAAUAAUCUGGCGUGAAUGAUGUAAUC